UUAAAAGUUAUUUCUGGCAAAGGUGUUUUUUUUUUUUUAAGUUUCCAGUGACAACUUCAUGGAAGUCAAAGUACUUUGCAUAAGUACAAUGGAAAAAAUGCAAUGAAAGUUUCAGAGAAGCCGAAAAAGUCAUCAAUAUAUUUGAACUUUGUUCUAAUUGUAUUAUUUUAUUAUAGUUGCGCUUUUUUUUGUUUUACCUGACGCUUGAUCCUCUGCUGCGGAAUGGCGUUUUUUCAAAAUUAGGCUCAUUAUUGUUUGACAUUGCUUUUUUAUUUAUUUAUUUUUUUUUAACCUUCACCAGGUAUUAUUUUGAAGGGACACAGGAAGCUGGACACAGGAAGUGUCGCAUGACCGGGGUCAGAGCAGAGCACAUUUGGUAACCGGUUCCUCUUUAUUGUCAUCUAAUUUUGAGGAUAAAAGGUAGUAAUUCUCUGAGUAUGGUGUUUUUUUAGAUCAUCAUGAUCAAAAUUUUACAUGUUUUACACAAAUUGUUGCUGCUUGACAGAAUAGGUUCAAAUAGGUUCGACAACACGUGUGCCACAAUUGUAGUAAAGGGUCUAUUACUACGGACACCACUAAGACCGUGGUUAUAAACAUGCUAUUAACAAACAACUACGGCCAACACGUGUAGGUUUUAUCUAUUCAAUAAAUAAUAUAUUUCGUUUUUUAAACCGGAAAUCGGAACGUUCAGAUUUUGAAGGGCGUGCCUUUAUUUUGAAGAUUUCAGGCGGAAAUGCACCCUGCUGUUUGCCAGCUCUACAGACAGGGCUGUAGAUUCCGUUAGGAAGGUGUAGUCCAUCGCCGGGCGCUUCUCUGUGGACCUUUGUGUCUUUGGUUUAGCGUUGUCACCCCCGGGAUGAAUUCGUUUAGCUCCCAUGGACUCACCAUAAAAAGAAACAUGAGCAGAAGGAGAAAUUAAGCGGCGGCGGCUGGCUUCCUGCGGGAUUCUGCCCAGGCUUUUUUUUUUGUUUUUUCCGUUGACAUGUCUGGUCUAUGGAGCACAGCUGAGAGAGGCUAGCUGGCCGACAUCCGGCUAGCUCUGGGUUUUCUGGAUUUUCGAUGAUCGUUCGGCUGAGAAGCUGAUUUAUUUUGGAUCAGCGCUGCUUUCCCUCUCUGGAGGAAGGAGCCAGCAUGGGGGAGCCCAGCCUGGACGACUCCAAUGUCAAGGUGGCUGUGCGCGUUCGGCCCAUGAACAGAAGAGAAAAGGAACUAAACACAAAAUGCGUUGUGGAGAUGGUGAAAAACCAGACCAUCCUUCAUCCAGCUGGAGCCAACCUUGGAAAAGCAGAUUCCAGGAAUCAGUCCAAGGUCUUUGCUUACGACUAUUGCUUCUGGUCCAUGGAUGAGACGGAUAAGGAAAGAUUUGCAGGUCAGGAGGUGGUGUUCCAGUGCCUUGGGGAAAGUCUCCUUCACAACGCCUUUCAGGGCUACAAUGCCUGUAUCUUUGCCUACGGACAAACUGGUUCAGGAAAGUCGUACACCAUGAUGGGUUCAGGGGACCAGCCUGGGCUGAUUCCUCGCCUCUGCAGUGCUUUGUUUGAGCGGACCAAGGAGGAGCAGCGGGAGGGGGAGAGCUUCACUGUGGAGGUGUCCUACAUGGAGAUCUACAACGAGAAGGUUCGAGAUCUGCUGGAUCCCAAAGGGAGUAGACAGACGCUGAGAGUGAGGGAACACAAAGUCUUGGGUCCAUAUGUUGAUGGCCUGUCACGACUAGCAGUGGCCAGUUACAAGGACAUUGAGUCUCUAAUGUCAGAGGGGAAUAAAUCUCGCACUGUCGCCGCCACCAACAUGAACGAGGAGAGCAGUCGAUCGCACGCCGUCUUCAACAUCAUCCUCACGCACACGCUCAAAGACCUGCAGUCUGGGACAAGUGGGGAGAAGGUGAGUCGCUUAAGUCUGGUGGAUUUGGCUGGGAGUGAGCGAGCCGCAAAAACCGGAGCAGCAGGAGAACGACUAAAGGAGGGCAGCAACAUCAACAAGUCCCUCACUACUCUUGGCCUGGUGAUUUCUGCUCUCGCUGAGCAGGGAACCGCCAAGAACAAGACCAAGUUUGUUCCUUACAGAGACUCAGUCUUGACAUGGCUGCUGAAGGACUGCCUGGGAGGGAACAGCCGCACUGCCAUGGUCGCCACAGUAAGCCCAGCAGCAGACAACUACGACGAAACUCUCUCCACGCUACGAUACGCCGACCGAGCGAAGAGCAUCGUUAACCACGCUGUCGUUAAUGAAGACCCCAACGCUCGGAUCAUCAGGGAGCUCCGAGAAGAAGUGGAGAAGCUGCGAGUGCAGCUGACGCAGGCAGAGUCCCUGAAAGCUCCGGAGCUGAAGGAACGUCUGGAGGAGUCUGAAAAGCUGAUCCAAGAGAUGACUGUCACCUGGGAGGAGAAGCUCCGCAAAACGGAGGAGAUCGCACAAGAGCGCCAGAAGCAGCUGGAGAGUCUGGGGAUUUCACUACAAUCCUCAGGGAUCAAAGUUGGAGAUGAUAAGAGUUUUCUUGUCAAUCUCAAUGCUGAUCCUGCUCUUAAUGAACUCUUAGUGUAUUACUUGAAGGAUCACACUAAAGUGGGCUCAGCAGACUCCCAAGACAUUCAGCUGUGUGGGAUGGGCAUCCAGGCAGAGCACUGCGUCAUUGACAUCACAGCGGAGGGCACCGUCUUUCUCACGCCUCAUCGUAACGCUCGAACUUGUGUCAACGGUUCUCCAGCAUCAAGUGCUUUGCAACUUCACCAUGGUGACCGAAUCCUCUGGGGGAACAACCACUUCUUUAGGAUAAACCUGCCAAAGCGGCGCUUCCGGGGGGCAGAGGAUGAGGAGGGGGAAGGUGGCGUGAUGAAGAACAGUGGCAGCAGCGAGCAGCUGGAUGCAGACGGCGACACGGGGAGUGAAGUGUCCAGUGAAGUCAGCUUUUCUUACGAGUUUGCACAGACAGAGGUCAUGAUGAAAGCUCUGGGCAACAACGACCCCAUGCAGGCGGUCCUCCAGUCCCUGGAGAGGCAGCACGAAGAGGAGAAGCGCUCUGCUCUGGAGAGGCAGAGGCAGAUGUACGAGCAGGAGCUUCAGCAGCUUCGCAAGAAGCUUAACCCUGAUCGUCUGUCCAUGGGCCAGUCCGGAGGACAGAUGACGGGUCAGCAAGGUCCCGGACAGCAGUCCCAUUACCGCAGCAUGGAGAGGCUCAGCAUGGGAGGGAUGAGCCAUUCAAGCAGUGCUCAGAGCAGGCUGAGGCAGUGGAGUGAGGACAGGGAGGCGGUGCUGGUGAGGAGCCUCCGGAGGUUAAGGGAGCAGAUAGUGAGAGCAAACCUUCUGGUACAGGAAGCCUGCUUCAUCUCAGAUGAGCUGGAACGACACACGGAAUACAAAGUCACCCUGCAGAUCCCUGCAGACAAUCUCAAUGCAAACCGCAAGAGGGAUGCGGUGCUCAGUGAACCCGCCAUCCAGGUCCGGCGGCGAUGUCGAGGGAAGCAGAUCUGGAGUUUGGAGAAGAUGGAGAACCGUUUGGUUGACAUGAGAGAGCUUUAUCAAGAGUGGCAAGACUAUCUCCUCCAUAACCAAGACAACCCAGUGAUGAGAUCAUAUUUCCGAAGAGCAGAUCCCUUUUUUGACGAGCAGGAAAACCACACCCUGAUCGGUGUGGCCAAUGUCUUCCUUUCCUGUCUCUUCUAUGAUGUCAAGCUGCAGUACGCCGUUCCAAUCAUCAACCAAAAGGGAGAGGUUGCCGGACGCUUGCAUGUGGAGGUGGUGAGGGUUGGAGGCUUCUUAGAAGACAGCAUAGCUGGAGGAGAAGAACCUGAGAACAACCAUGACUCUGAAGUGGAGGACCGCAAACUGGUCUGCAUGAUUAAGAUCCUGCAGGCCACAGGUCUCCCUCAGCACCUCUCCAACUUUGUCUUCUGUCAGUAUUCUUUCUGGGACCAGCCCGAGCCCUUCAUUGUGGCUCCUGAGGUCGACCCGUCAUCCUCGUCCCCCAGCUCGAAGGACCCUCACUGCAUGGUGGUGUUCGACAGCUGCAAGGAGCUGGCGGUGUCUGUAUCAGAGGAUUUCAUCGAGUACCUCACUGAAGGAGCUGUUGCCAUUGAGGUGUAUGGACACAGACAGACCGAUGCAGGAAGAAACCCGGCCCUGUGGGACCUCAGUAUCAUCCAGGCGAAGACGCGUACUCUGCGAGACAGGUGGAGUGAGGUCACACGCCGCCUUGAACUAUGGAUUCAAAUUCUGGAGAUUAAUGAAAACGGAGAGUUUGUCCCGGUGGAGGUGGUCCCCGCUCGAGAUAUUCGGACCGGAGGGAUUUUUCAGCUGCGGCAGGGCCAGUCGAGGCGCAUUCAGGUGGAUGUUCGCUCAGUGCAGGACUCGGGGACCAUGCCUUUGAUCUCAGAGAUCGUGCUUUCAGUAUCGGUGGGUUGUGUGGAGAUCCAAAACACCAAUGCAAUCCAAGAGGGGGACGAGAUGGACAGUUACCAGGAGAGAGAUCUGGAGCGUUUAAGGCGGCAGUGGUUAGCCGCUCUCACCAAGAGACAAGAAUACCUCGACCAACAUCUGCAGAGUCUGGUUAGCAAAGCAGAAAAGACAGAGGAUGACAUGGAGAGAGAAGCUCAGCUGUUAGAGUGGCGCUUGACUCUCACGGAGGAGAGAAAUGCUGUCAUGGUGCCCUCUGCUGGCAGCGGCAUUCCUGGAGCUCCAGCCGAAUGGAUUCCUCUGCCUGGGAUGGAGAAUCACACCCCUGUCCUCUUCCUCGACCUUAAACCUGACGACCUCAGCUCCCAAGAACAGUUUGAGGUUCCUGAAGCUGGAGGUUGGGACGCCACUUUGAGCGGAGAAGAUGAAGACGACUUCUUCGACCUGCAGAUAGUCAAACACUACGAUGGAGAGGUAAAAGCUGAAGCCUCCUGGGACUCGACUGUUCACGAGUGUCCCCAGCUCAGCCGUGGGGGAGUGUGGCCGGAUCAGCGCGUCUACCUGAUCGUCAGAGUGGUGGUUCAGCUCAGCCAUCCCGCCGACAUGCAGCUGGUGCUCAGAAAGAGGAUCUGCGUUAACGUAAACCCGGGCCGCCAGGGCUUUGCCCACAACUUCCUCAGAAGGAUGUCGACUCGCAGCACCAUCCCUGGCUGUGGGGUCACCUUCGAGGUGGUCUCCAACAUUCCUGGGCAGGAUGCUUCUGGGUCAGAGGACCGGGAGAUGCUGGCCCACCUCGCUGCAAGCGCACACAACAGCCAGUCGGCUGACGACGAGGCCGCCAUUGAGAAAUAUCUCCGCAGCGUCAUGAGUCUGGAGAACAUUCUGACCCUGGAUCGACUCCGACAGGAAGUGGCGGUGAAGGAGCAGCUGUCUGGCAGAGGAAAAAGCAGCAGACGCAGUCUGAGCUCCCCUUCAGUCCACAGGCUGUCUGGAAGCAGACAGGACCUGUCCACUACCUGCCUGCUUGAUGAUAAGGGUCGAUGGGAGAGCCAGCAGGACAUCUUCAUGCCCUCUCAGUUUCACCGCACUCUCCCCCGCCCAGCCUCGUCUCCAUCCACCUGUACCAUCUCCUCUUCACCCCCCAACCCCUUUGGCUCAAGCCCCCAACCACAGCAAGAACCAGAACAAGGUCGUUUAGGGCUUGCUGCCUCUUAUCUUUCAGUUAAAGCUCUGGUUCCUCAAAUGCCCAAACUGCUCAAGUCUCUGUUUCCGGCUCGAGAUGACAAAAAGGAGCUGAGGCCUUCGCCACCUGGCCAGCAGCAUGUACCUCGAAUCAUGUCGUCAACAGGAGGGGACGACACCAGAGUGAAACCUGAGACGGCCGCUGCUGUACGGCCUGCUGCCAAAGACAGGAGGACAGAGCUGCCAGACGUCCCUCCUCUUCCUGUGCAUGACCCGCAUGACACCACCCCCCUCAGCCCCCUCAGCCAGUCGUCAAGCGGCUAUUUCUCCACUAGCGUCUCCACAGUUACCCUGUCUGAUGUUCUUCAGCCCUCCUCCUCGUCUUCCUCCCUCCUGGCUGCUGAGACUACAUCCCCCACAACCCCCCAGCAGCAGCAGCAGGGUGCUGAUCGGAGCGAUGUUGUGACCUCUCCUCCUCAGUGUGGCACCAAGGUGGCAGCCGUCUCCCCGCCUACUUCCUACAGCUCAGCCAAUCACAACAAUGUCAGAGCGGAGCUCUGCUCAGAACAGAGGCCGCAGAACGCAGGAGGAGGGGAAGGCGUUGAAAAACUGGAGAUCUGUGUGGACGAUGAGGAGCGAGGUCAUGACGACGCUCUGCCUGAGUGGUUGACUGAAGGGUCGCAUGUCACAGUCGGAAGCAACAAAGCAGGAACGGUGCGCUACAUCGGAACAACACACUUUGCUGAAGGAGUGUGGGUUGGGGUGGAGCUGAACACUCCUGUGGGUAAAAACGACGGCUCGGUGGGGGGUCAUCGCUACUUCCACUGCAAAGCAGGUUACGGGGUGCUCGUCCGACCCGACCGACUGUCCAGUCGAGAUCGGAACAGCCAGGUCCCCCCUUCGGUCCACGUCCCCAUCCUGCGAGGAGAAGCCAUCACCAUUCGCAGAGGAGAGAACCGCAAGUCCUGGAGCAGCUGAGACCGAAACUCAGCAGAAACGACACCAAAAUAGAAGAUCUAGAUGAAGCAUUUUAAUGGAAAAAAAUGCAGAUGUUUCUUCAAAAGACUACCCAGAGUUUGUAAAAGUUCUAGGAAGGACUGCUUAUCGUGUAGGAAGAUAACGCAGAGGCGGGAGGAGUCCGUGAGGAAGAGGUUCAGAGCAAACGUGGAUCUGGGAAUGGGGAUCAGAGAAGUUGAGGAGAAUGACAUCCCUGCAAUAUUCAUCUAUGUAGUCCUGUGACUUCAGUUCCCAGAGUUCAUUGCUCCAGGUGUUGCUCCUUGUAGGAGGCUGGACUAUCCCUCCUGGACUCCUCGUCCUUUUGCAGAUAGAUGCUCCCAGAAUGUGCCUUCACCGUGGUCUGCUUUGUGUUGCGUAUAUUUGACUGUGGAGAAUGCCUUGUGUCGAGUGUGAGGAGAUCUCAGGGACUGUAGAUGAGAGAGAGGCGAUGUGGGGUGUGAAUGUGUGUAUAAUGCACAGUUUUUCGUGUCUUGUGUGCACAGGUGAAGUUGUGUGAUGGUGCUGGUGUACAGGAAGAGUUAAAGUCCACGUUUGGAGAUGCUGCACGAGGCAGAACGCUCAAACCGAGAGGCUUUAAAAGUAGAUUUUGCACUGGAGACGUGGGAUAAAAAGUGUGUGCAAGUGAACAGAGCGGGACUGCAGUGAGAGCAGGUCAAACGGUGACCUCUCCGUCUGUCUGACAUCAGGGGGCGCUCUCGGCAGUAUUAGGGCACGGAGAUGACAGAAAGAGGCAAGUGUAGAGUGAGUUAACUUGGGAAAAUAACUUUUAUCUUGUUAUAGCAACCUUUUUUUUCAUUUUUAAGCUGAAACAGCGACAGAUGAGUUUCUCGUCUAAAACAUUCCUGACAAACGGUGAAGAAGAGCUGGAAUGUGGCCCACUUUUUACAUGACUUUUUAUUUAAUUUAAACAUUCCUGAAAGGCUGAUGUUUUCCACUGACAUGAUAAGUUCUGAAGCACACAUCAGCGCUGUCAGGCUCAUGAGGGGCAACUCUACGUAUCAUCACUACAGCAGCCUGUGGAAACACUGUCCAGGUCGGAGAAGAUGCAAACGAUAAAUCCCGCCCUGAAGGGGAUCCAGCUGCUCGCCUUAUUUCUCCGUUUUUACACUAGUGGAGCAGCAAUGAUGAAUGUGUGGAGCAGUCGGCUGUAAGCUGAAGUCGAUGGAAACUGGAUCAGUGUUUGAGCUCCGCUUCACCAAGUGAGCCAAAAGCAGGAGCUCAGAUGUGGUUUUAAAGUUGAAAAUUGGGAUAUUAUAGGUUUUUUUUUUUUUUUUGAGGACUCUAGCAACCAGUUCUCUUCAUGUCGACUGUAACCGUUUCCAUGACCCCAGAGUUCUGUGAUUGGUGUGGAAUUCUGUGUAGAUUCUCUCGUUUCACCCGUAUGGAUGUGCUUUCCCUUAUUUGAUCAUGCGCCUAUGUAACACGAGGGGAGGAAAAGUAGUAUUUAUAUAGAAAUACUUGUACACAUGCCUUUAUUGCAUGGAAAUCAUUUUUUUUAAUUAAAUGUUGCACAGAUUAUGACAUGGAAGUUGCUGCUAUUAGCUUUGUCAUUUUUUAUUUUACCUGUAAAUCAUUUAUCUGAUGAUCUAUCUCAGUCUAUGCGAAGUUUCUUGUUUAAGGGUGAGUUCAAGACGGUGCUCCGGGUUCAGUGGGCAAUAUUUUUGGAUAAAUAUUGAGGCACUUGAAAAGGUUAAAACACGUUUUAGAUAGGAAAUCACUUCUCUGUUGAUUUUUAAAGGAGAAUAAGGAGUUUUUUUAAGGAAUGGAGUUGCAUUAAGAUGCAACAACGACGUGUCGUCAAAGUGGAGUUUAUUUGUGUAUUUAUUAUUUGGCCUUUAAGGAAGUGCAGUACAGUGGUGGCUGUCUGCUGUGCUAACAGGCAGAUGAAAGCAGCUCAGAACGUUGAAGUUUGGUUGUUUCUGUGGUUCAUUUUUGGUCGCGAUGAAGGAAGGCAAUAAGGUGUGAUGUGUGUGGUUGUGUGUCGCUUGUAAAUAACAUAUGUGAGUUUCUGAAUGUUGAGUGGACUUGGAACAGGAAAUGUGCUCAGAAGCCGGUUUUGUGGCGUGACCUCAGACUGGUUUCUGUGUGUUGUUGUGCCUCCAAACACGUGUCUGUCUGUCUGUCUGUCUGCCUGCCUGUCUGUCUGCCACACAGGUCUCAUAUCACAGCAACUGAGGGGACUCAAGUCAACACACCUAACAUUUACUAAAAGAAAAGACAACAAUAUCAGUGUUUUUGUGUUCUCAAUGUUCUUUUAAUCUAAAAAGAGGUGACAUUGUGAGGGGGUGUCGCAUAACAGCAGCUCAGAUUGCAGAAUCACAGAAAGCAAUUGUCUCUACAUGAAACGGUGAUGCUGGUUGGCUGCACUACACUGUCCACACAGCAACAAUACACGUUAUCAGGCUGGAUUUAGUUUCACAGUUUGCAUUAUUUAUGGCUGCAUCAGCCAUAGCAGAAACAUUCAGUUUGAUUUUUUUUUUAUUCUUGAUUGGGGAUCAGAACUUUGUUUCCCAGUUUUGUUUUAAGUGUGUUUUGUUUCUUUCAGAAUUCUUUCCAUAUCUAUGUGUUUUUGUGGGUUCCCUGAAGCAAAACACUGCUUUGAUAUGGUCUCCAGCCUGGAACUGGACUGAUUCCAGUAACUGAAGAAAGAAGAUAAGUCAAACACAGGUUUCCCCUGAGGAAGUCGGGUACUUUGAUCUCGCGAGCAGUCCGGUUCUUCACUGCCUCUUCUGCAGGAACAGAUGCUAAACUGUCUCUUCCUUGUGGGGCCUGAGGAAACUCUGCCAGAAGAGGCUUAAGCUUCCUCACAGGGAAUUUUAUGUAUAUAAACUAAGCUUAUUUAAUGUUAAAAUCUUCAAACUUUUAACAAAGCACUGCCCCGCUCAACAGCUCAGUUUGGAGCAAAUCAGAUCUUCCAGGUUUUUACUUUCCGGAUCGGUCUUUUACUGCAUUUUUAGCCGACCUUUUUCACUCUCUGUCCCUGCUUCGGUUAUCAGGUAGUUCUAACCUUUUUACCACGCAGCUAUAGAUGUACUUCUCCCUGCUUCACUGUGUUUUCAAACAUUAAAAGAAGCCCUCAAAAAAAAGCAAUACCUAGCUGAUCCUUUAUCAGUUUCUAUUCUUCUACAAGACUCCAGAUCCAGCUCUGCAUUUUUAAAUUUAUUGGUAAUUCUCAAGGUACCAGUAGCCAUGUUUAACAGAGCUGUUGAAAGGGUUUGGUGCUCGUCAAGUCAGGACAUCUAUCCCGGCUGUUACUGCUGCAAAAAAAAAAAAAGAAGAAGAAGCCCCUCUAGUCUCUAUCUUUACACGUAUGUAGCUAAGGAAAAAAAAAAAAAAAGAACACUUUUCUAUAUUUAGAUGUGUUUCAGCGUGGCCUUGGCCUUGUUCAACAGUAUUAUUAUCAAUGUAACUAAUGUCUGAGUCUCUUCUGCUGUGAGGAGCUUUGUUUGGAUGGGGAUUGUGUGUGUGUGUGAAUGAUCCUGUUUGUGUGUGUAAAUAUGAUCAUAUUAAGACCUAUAAAAGAAAUCUGAGCACAAGUUUGAUUCUGAUUAAUUUAAAUGUUUUUAUGUAAUUUCAUGCUGUAAUCCAAAGAAUACAGUUGUAUUAUGACAUUUAUUGUUUUCAUUUUUAAAUCUGAACAGUAAUCUGGUUGAAGAAGAAAAUAAAUCAGUUAUAUAGAGUGAA